CAGGCAGGGGAGGGAGGCCGGGCCCGCCUGAGAGGGAGGCGAGCCGACCGCUGGGGCUGCUCGGCUCCUGCGCGCCCUCGCGCUCUCCGCCGCCUGCCGAGGCGCUGCCAGGGCGCAGGCGGCGGCGGGCGGCAUGGAGAGCCUGCUGGAGAAUCCGGUACGCGCCGUGCUAUACCUCAAGGAACUCACGGCCAUCGUGCAGAACCAGCAGAGUCUCAUCCACACCCAGCGCCAGCGCAUCGACGAGCUGGAGAGGCGUUUGGACGAGCUAAGCGCCGAGAACCGCAGCCUGUGGGAGCACCAGCAGCUGCUGCAAGCACAGCCUCCGCCUGGGCUCGUCCCCCCAUCAUCAGCCCUGCUGCCGGCUCCCUCGGCCACCGCUCCCACCGCGGCCCAGGAGCCGCUCCAGGACCACGGACAGCUCCCAUCCACCGCGCCACAGUCCGCGCCCGAGCAGCCACAGCUUCAGCACCACGGACAGCUACUGGUGCAGCCCCAGCCGGGCCCCAGCAGUAGGGCUCACUCACCCCAAUCACCCCACCAGCACCCGGUGACACUUGGGGCCGUCGCUGACAAGGAGAAGGAGCGUCCCCCGAGUUGUUGCGCUGCCGCCGGAGCCCUCCUUCAGCACAAAUCCCCCGCCGCCCUCGGCAAGGGCGUCCUGAGCAGGAGACCCGAGAAUGCGACCGUGCUGCAUCAAUUCUGCUGUCCAGCUGCUGACGCCGAGCAGAAGCCCUCCUGCUCUGACCUGGCCUCCCAAAGCGAUGGCUCCUGCGCCCAGGCCGGUGGGGGCAUGGAGGACUCCGUGGUGGCAGCGGCGGUGGCAGCCGGCAGACCCAGUGCCCAUGCCCCGAAGGCUCAAGCCCAGGAGCUGCAGGAGGAGGAGGAGCGGCCGGGGGCGGGGGGUGCCUCCCCGAGGGCCGGCCCCCACCGCGCGGCCUCCCCCGGCCAGCAGCAGCCUGCCCUGACGGCGCUCUGCUCCCACGCCCCUGCCGCCUCGGAUUACGAACUCUCCCUUGACCUAAAGAAUAAACAGAUUGAAAUGCUAGAACACAAGUACGGGGGCCAUCUGGUGUCCCGGCGAGCCGCUUGCACCAUCCAAACUGCCUUCCGCCAGUACCAGCUCAGCAAGAACUUCGAGAAGAUCCGCAACUCGCUUCUGGAGAGCCGCCUUCCCCGGCGGAUCUCCCUGCGCAAGGUUCGGGCGCCCACAGCCGAGAGCCUGGCAGCCGAGAAGGCCCUUAUGGAGGGCUACGGCCUUAUGGGGUUGCCGCUGGUGCGCUCGCCCUCCCUACCGCCCACCUUCGCGGGCACGCUCACUGAGCUGGAGGACUCCUUCACCGAGCAGGUGCAGUCCCUGGCCAAGUCCAUAGACGACGCCCUCAGCACCUGGAGUCUCAAGACCAUGUGCUCCCUGCAAGAGAGCGGCGCUUACCAGAUCCACCAGGCCCUUCACGCGGGCACCGGGCAGCCAUGUCUGGAGACUGAGAUGCAGGAGCCUGAGAGCGCAGGCUCAGGGCCUGGGGAUGAGGCCAGCGAGGCCACCACCCGCCUGCCCCAGAGCCACAGCGGCACCCUCAUGAUGGCUUUCCGGGACGUCACCGUGCAGAUCGCCAAUCAGAACAUCUCGGUCUCCUCUUCCACGGCUCUGUCUGUGGCCAACUGCCUGGGCGCUCAGCCUGCCCAGGCUAUAGCAGAACCCACGGCCAGCAAAGCCGAGCAGAGUGAAGCCCCAGGGCAGGAGGCCCCAGAAGCCCCCUCUGUGGGUCAGGGGGACGCCUUCUCCCAGGACACGAGCCCAGAGCUGGCAAACAGUGGGGCCCUUGGCGCCCACCGGCCGGUGGCCACGGAAUCCGUGGUGGAGGAGGCUGUGGCCACAGAGGCAGAGGAGGAAGAAGAGGAGGUUGGGGAGGCAGGGAAAGGAACAGAGGCCGACGGGGCCGACAACUCUGAGCAGCUGAGCAGUAGCAGCACAUCCACCAAGUCCGCCAAGUCAGUCUCGGAGGUAUCCGCCUCAGCCUCCAAGGAAGCCCUGCAGGCCAUGAUCCUGAGCCUGCCCCGCUACCACUGCGAGAACCCUGCUAGCUGCAAGUCGCCCACCCUAUCCACAGACACCCUACGCAAGCGCCUCUACCGCAUUGGCCUCAACCUCUUCAACAUAAACCCUGACAAGGGCAUCCAGUUCCUGAUCUCGCGAGGUUUCAUCCCGGACACCCCCAUCGGUGUGGCCCAUUUCCUCCUCCAGCGUAAGGGCCUCAGCCGCCAGAUGAUCGGCGAGUUCCUGGGCAACAGCAAGAAGCAGUUCAAUCGCGAUGUACUAGACUGCGUGGUGGACGAGAUGGACUUCUCCAGCAUGGAGCUGGAUGAGGCCCUGCGGAAGUUCCAGGCUCAUAUCCGUGUGCAGGGGGAGGCCCAGAAGGUGGAGCGGCUCAUAGAGGCCUUCAGCCAGCGCUACUGCAUGUGCAACCCCGAGGUGGUGCAGCAGUUCCACAAUCCCGACACCAUCUUCAUCCUGGCCUUCGCCAUCAUCCUCCUCAACACUGACAUGUACAGCCCCAACAUUAAGCCCGACCGGAAGAUGAUGCUGGAGGACUUCAUCCGGAACCUGCGAGGUGUGGAUGAUGGCGCUGACAUCCCCAGGGAGCUGGUAGUAGGCAUCUAUGAGAGGAUACAGCAGAAGGAGCUCAAGUCCAAUGAGGAUCAUGUCACGUAUGUCACCAAGGUGGAGAAGUCCAUUGUGGGCAUGAAGACAGUGCUGUCGGUACCGCACCGCCGCCUCGUCUGCUGCAGCCGGCUGUUCGAGGUGACCGACGUGAACAAGCUGCAGAAGCAGGCGGCGCAUCAGAGAGAGGUGUUCCUCUUCAACGACCUCCUUGUGAUUCUCAAACUGUGCCCCAAAAAGAAAAGCUCCUCCACAUACACCUUCUGCAAGUCAGUCGGCCUGCUAGGCAUGCAGUUCCACCUCUUUGAGAAUGAGUAUUACUCUCAUGGCAUCACACUGGUGACCCCCAUCUCGGGCUCUGAGAAGAAACAGAUGCUGCACUUCUGUGCCCUGGGCUCUGAUGAGAUGCAGAAGUUCGUGGAGGACCUGAAGGAGUCCAUUGCUGAGGUGACGGAGCUGGAGCAGAUCCGGAUAGAGUGGGAGCUGGAAAAGCAGCAGGGAACAAAGACGCUCUCCUUCAAGCCUGGGGGAGCCCAGGUGGACCCACAGUCGAAGCAAGGAUCGCCUACAGCCAAAAGGGAAGCCGCCCUGGGGGAGAAGCCGGUGGAGAGCUCAGGGGAGGUGUCAAUUCACAACAGGCUUCAAACGUCCCAGCACAACCCCGGGCUGGGGGCCGAGAGGGGACCACCGCAGCUGCCAGACCUGCAGCCUAGCCCCUUGAGAGAGCAGCUCCCAACGCUGCCACCGCCACCCACGCCCCCAGGCACCCUGGUGCAGUGCCAGCAAAUUGUCAAGGUCAUUGUCCUGGACAAGCCCUGCUUGGCCCGCAUGGAGCCCCUGCUGAGCCAGGCUCUCUCCUGCUACGCCUCGUCCUCCUCUGAUUCCUGUGGCUCCACACCUCUGGGCGGCCCAGGCUCCCCCGUCAAGGUCAUCCACCAGCCUCCACUGCCCCCACCCCCACCCCCCUACAACCAUCCUCACCAGUUCUGCCCACCAGGCUCCCUGCUGCACCGGCGCCGCUAUUCCAGUGGCUCAAGGAGCCUGGUGUAGACUCUGUCCCCCUGCACCCUGAUGUCCCAGGAGAGCUGUCCGCUGGGGGGACCUGGGCUGCCCUUCGCUGCUCCCCACACCCUGGCACGAUGUGUUCCUGGUCACUGAUCACUGUCAUUUUGGAAAGAACCCCAAGCUAACCAUCGUUCCCUCACUUAGUUGAGCACCCCUUUCCCCCAACUCAGGGGACACCACCUCACUCUCCUGGGCCCACACAAGCAGAUGAGGUGACGCCUCCUCUUCCUCUGGACACCACUCUCCACAGUUGGAUCAUGAAUUGAAGAAAACCAGAGCUGAGGGACUAACUGGUGGCAGGUUCUGAGUCUAUUAGUGCCCAGUGGCCAGCAGCAGAGCCCUGGAUGGAAGGCAGCUGCUUCACAGCCCCAGGACCAGAUGCAUCUGUGACUGAGUAGAGGAAGAGUAGGCCCUGGUCCCUGGAGGUGCCAAUGGGUGGUAGCUGUGUGAAGGGAGUCUUUCUCUGCUACCCCUGUCCCCCAAGACUGGCAGUUUCAGGGAGCUGCUCUGUGGUUCCCCCAAAGACAUUGGCUAUUCUGACCACGUCUUUCCCCUCCUCCCACAGACUUUCCUGAGCUUCCCAAACUCCAGGAGGGCUUCAAGAAAAGGAAGAGGGAGGGGGAGCACUCGGCUCUCACUGGGUCAAUUCAACAGGGCCAUAGAAGUGCAAGAUCAUGUAUCUGCCAAAUGCACUUUUAAAAAGUAUUUCUUAGUUUCCUGGCCCCAAAUAGUACCCAGUCAAUGCCAAGAGUGCACAGGCCCUUGCACAUAAACACACAUGAUGAGAACCACUGUGGAAGUAGAGGGGAUGAGAUAAUGAUUUGCCUGGCAGAGGUACCACUUGGCCCCAGUCAGGCUCCUUUUUGCAUGACUGUGGUCUCCAGGAGAGGCUUGGGUGCGGAGGCAGGCAGGAGAAGUGGAGCUCCAGAGGCACUUGCAUCUCCCCUGCUACCCCCAGCCUUUAAAUAGUCCCCCUUCUGGAAGGUAUAGACCCACCUCCAGCAGGGAUGGUUAAGAGUCCUGGACUCUCAAAAUUGCAAAGGACUAUAAUCCUAGUGACCCAGGAGGCCAAGACAGGAGGAUCACAAGUUCAAGGCCAGCCUGGGCAACUUAGUGAGACCCUGUAUCAAAAUUUUAAAAAUGGGAAUAUAACUCAGUGGUAGAGUAUGGUUCAAUCUCUAGUACC